AACCCCACAAUUUUAUAUAAACCUCGCAUCUCACACAUAACAAACCCACGCCAAGAAAAAUGGCUCUCUUGGCGCCACCACCGUCCAAUCUGAAGCCCUUCCAAUUCCCAUCUCUUCACAGAUUCAACCCCUUGAAAAUCACACUCAAACAUCAGAAUUCGAUACAUUUUGCAUCAAACGCAAGAUUCCCACAAAAUUCCCUCAAAGAUAGCAUCUUUUUCAGAAGAAAAGAUGCGAAGAUCACAAGGGUUAGUCCAAUUGUGCGUGCAGCGUCGAUCCCACUAUCUGGAGAUGAAAAAGAUUCAAACUUUGGCAGAAUUCUGUUUUCGGAUGUGGUGGUGAAGAGGAAGAGGAAUGUGUUUUGGAGCAGAAAGUGGAAUUCUUUGGAUAUUGGGAUUGUUAGUGUGGUGGCGGCUAUGCAUUUGUUAUGUGUUUUAGCUCCUUCCACAUUCAACUGGGGUGCCUUGGGUGUUGCUGUUGCAUUGUAUGUGAUUACUGGGCUUCUUGGAAUCACUCUCUCUUUCCAUAGGAAUCUUUCACACAGAAGCUUCAAGCUUCCCAAAUGGCUUGAGUAUUUCUUUGCUUACUGUGGCUCUCUUGCCCUUCAGGGGAAUCCAAUUGAGUGGGUGAGCACACACAGAUUCCACCAUCAGUUCUGUGACUCUGAGAGAGAUCCACACAGCCCCAUUGAGGGAUUUUGGUUUAGUCAUAUCAGUUGGUUCUUUGAUUCUGAAAAUAUUACUCAAAGGUGUGGGGAGCCAACCAAUGUUGGAGAUUUAGAGAAACAGCCCUUCUAUAAGUUUCUUCAAAACACUUAUAUUCUUCAUCAAGUAGCACUUGGAGCUCUUCUCUAUGCAAUGGGUGGACUUCCCUUCAUUGUUUGGGGAAUAGGUGUGAGGACAGUGUGGGUUUACCAUAUCACUUGGCUAGUGAAUUCGGCUUGCCAUGUUUGGGGCAAACAAGCAUGGAACACCGGUGACCUAUCACGGAACAACUGGUGGGUGGCAGUGCUUGCAUUUGGAGAGGGGUGGCACAACAAUCACCAUGCAUUUGAGUAUUCAGCUAGACAUGGGCUAGAGUGGUGGCAAAUUGAUAUGACUUGGUAUGCAAUUAGGGCUCUUGAAGCACUUGGAUUGGCCACUGAUGUCAAGUUGCCUACACCAGCACAAAAGCAAAAAAUGAAGGCAUUAAAUUAGUCUAUAUGGAUAGAUAGUUAGAGAGAGAAGAGUGAGAGCGAGCCUCACUUUUGUACAAGUAAUUUACAUGGCUAUAAAUGUGGUAAAUGAAUUUGGUAGUAUUGUCAAACUGAGGAGUAAUGUUCAACUACUCAUUGUGCGAAAUUAAGGCACUCACAUUUGGUGUGGGAAAAUCAAACAGUAGGAAUUGUGUGGUGUGAUUUUCUAUGCA